AUGUGUAGACAAAUUGGCGUGGACCGUACCAUCAUGAACCAACAGAAUACGAUUUUGCGAGGCGUUGCUGAACAAGAUGGCCAGAAGAAGUCAGCUUUGACUUCAACCGUUUUGGCCGUUUUCUUUGACCGUCAGAAGUUGGGCGCUGCCUGUUACGACGAAGCUGAAAAGACGAUCCAAUAUCUCAAUGACACACCUGAUGACGAUGAGUUUAACACUCUAAAGUAUCGUAAGUGGUUCUAGUCUGUGGUAUCGUUGUUUCAGUAAUUGAGCGAAUUAAACCAACUCAUGUUAUUGCCAAUUCUGGAUGUAAAAAAGAGGUCCGAAAAGCUCUUCAAACAAUGUGUGAGUAAAAAUGAAUGUUCAUGUUUGCUUUCAGUGAAUUGUUAUAUCGAUGACACCAUUGUAAAGACUAUAGCUCAAGAAUCGACUGAGGGAGAAGUGUCGAACGAGCCUGAUUUGGUCAGACCUUUUGCUUCCGUAGAUGAACAAUCAGAUGGGGGAAGUAAUCGUGAAGACAGAAUUGAUGAGGUUGAGAUACAAAGCAACGAACAAUGGACAUGCUCUUUACAAUUUAUCUCCAAGAACUAUUUUUGUAGGUUCCGAUGUUUGCGCAACCUUUCAUCUGGGGCAGAUCCGAUUUUAACAUAGAUUGUGAUGGAUACCGUUAUAUUAGUCGUAAUUUGUUUUACUGCAUAUUUCAUCGGUCCUUUGACAAUUGUAGUGCCUAAAAAAUGCCAUCUUUGUUGGCAAAAUCUACAAAAAAUUUCCAAAAAAAGCUCAAUUUGACAAUCAAAAUGACACAAAGUGACUGACGCGUCAAGUUGACGACUUAACAACCCUAGUAACUUUUAGUCAAUUAAUCCAUUUAAAGGGUUAGAAUAGUUGCCAAAAACGUUACAGAACCUCUCAUUUUUUUUGACUGCCAUUUUAACCACGCAGAUAGCUUUAUGCGCCGAUCGGCUGCCAUUUCCCCUAAUUGAGUAGAUACCAAGAAGGCUUUCUAACCCUCAUUAACUUUGAGGUAUUUGUCAGCCAUUAUUUGCUACGACUUCGCUAGCGAAUUACGGUGUCCGGAACCAACUUCAAUCUAUUGGAUAACGACGUAAACCGCUUUUCUGCAAUCCUAAGCAUUAUCUAGCUAUUAAAAACGUUAUUCGUAUCGACCACUGAACUUCGGUCAGCCUCAAAUAAAUGGCGGUCGAUCUUUUUUAUAUUACACAUGCUGAACUUGUCACUUUGAGAAAAAUUUUUAGCGAACGAAAUUGGAAUGCAAUGGUUGGCUAAAGUUUUGGACUUUGAUGGUCGUGAUGCAACAGUGAGAACACGAAUGCUAUUUGAGGCCAAGGAUUCUAACAUGGUAGUUUAUUCUUUCUUUUUUUUAUUUUAGCCUUGUUUAGAUUGGUGCGUUGGGUGCAUUGUUGAGACAUAUUAAUCAGGUACGGUUGGGAAUCGAAUUCGAUGAUCCUACGACUUUGGUACCUGUUGAAGCUUUUCGAGCAAUUGUUUUGUAGGUCAUUACACCAUGCAUAUUUAUGAUAACUUCAGGGGCGACAUAGUGUAUGUUGAUCCGGAAACCAAGAAGUCGUUAGCCAUUUUUGAUACUGGCCCAACACGCAAACGGAUGAAUAUUCGAAAUAAAAAGAUCGGUAGUAAGGCCAGGUCUUUGUUCGAUCUCUGCGACUUCACAAAAUGUGCUCCUGGAAGAAGAAAAUUACGGUAUGCAUGAUUGAUUAAUACAAUUUUAUUUAUUUUUUAAGUUUUUGGUUUUCUCGGCCCUUGAGAAACAAAGAGAUUCUGAAGAUUAGACAAGAGGGGAUCAUGUUCUUCACUCGGGAUGCGAACUUCCAAUUGGUGAAUUUCUUGCGUGGAAAGCUAAGAAGUGUUCAUAGUUUAUUGGUAAAGAUUAUAUAACAUUGCGUAGUCCUUUUAGACAAUUCUGGUUAAAUUAUCAAACGGAAGGUUGUCUGUCAAUGAAUGGUUGUCACUUUCAAAGGUAGGACUGUUAUGAUUACUAUGUAGUUCGGUUAGACGAUAAAUUCUUUGAUGGAUAUGGGUGAUUCUCUUCGAACUUGUGAAGUUAAUCUAGCAGUACUUGGCCCAGGGGAACGAGCAAUGAGUACAGAUUUGGCCAGAUUGGGAGAACUUCUCAAGAAAACCUUCAACCAAUUGGAAUCGCUGGAAGAAAGUCGUUUUGUUGUGAAUGAGGGGGUCUCUCCCGAACUAGAUCAUCGUGAGUUUUGUUUUUUAUUCCACUAAUAUUUACAGUUAAAUCAACAUUCUCUCAGUUAGGAGAUCACCUGACUCAAGUUGCCGAGUCCGAGAUCAAUACUUAUGAUAUUCCGAGUUGUUCUGUCUGUUAUUUGCCGAUCAUUGGGUACAUGGUUAUGAUUCCUACACACAUUGGAGCCAAGAUUGAACAUGAGGACUUUGAAAAGGUACCUUAUCACAUCAGAAUUAUGAUUUUAGGUGUAUUCGACGGAGAACUCCAUGGGAUUUAAGACACCUGGAAUGCUUGAAUUGGAUCGCGUUUAUGGUGACAUUAGAUCGAGAAUCAUCGAUAGGGAAACAAUUAUUGCAAACGGGUAAUCUAUUUUUCUGGUCUUGUAAGUAAUUUUUUUAUAAUUUUAGUCUUCAAGAGCUACUGGCCAGCCGAAAGAAGGUGAUCACCGACGCUCUGGAAGUAGCGGCGACCUUGGAUUGCCUGAUCUCAUUGUCUAUAGCGGCAAACAAAUAUGAUUGGGUCCGACCUCAUUUUAGUGAUAAGUGUGUUCUAAAUAUCGAAGCGGCCAGACAGCCAUUGGUCGAAAUCGGACAGAUGGAGUACAUUACAAAUGAUAUUAAGUACGGUAUAUUUUUUUAUUCUUUGUAUAAUAUUUUUUUCCAAUUCAGGUCUGCCUGUCCCGAUGAAGUUGAAGGUUACAGUAAAGUAAGGAUUAUUUCUGGUCCCAAUGCCUCUGGAAAAAGUGUUUAUCUCAAAAUGGCAGGUUAGUUUAUGGGGUAACAUACUUUUCAGGUUGGGGUGAUCGUUUAUCUUGCACAUGUUGGAUCAUACGUUCCCGCCAAGAGAGUGGAGAUCGGUCUCGUUUCCCAGAUCAUCUCCCGAAUGUAUACUGUAGACUCGGUCCUUGAUGGACUCUCCUCAUUUGCAUCUGAUUUGAAACAAAUGUCCCAUGCCAUCAGAAAGACGGACAGGAAUAGUCUCGUUAUUAUUGAUGAGUUUGGAAAGGGUACCAUGACAGUAAGUCCUGUCAUUCUUUUUUAACAAUAUCAGGAAGUCGGCAUUGGUCUUUUAGCUGGUUGCUUGAACUAUUGGUUGGAAAAGCCUGACAAUUGUCCUCACAUUUUUUUGGCCACUCAUUUCUGCGCUCUCAACAACUUCCUUAUCCAGAGCGCACUUCUGUCGGAACAUGUAGGCCUUAUUUUUUUAUAAAAUGUUACCAAUUAUAUUAAGAAAAUGGAGGUUCUGAAAGACGAUGAUAACAAUUUGACAUUCACAUUUCAUUUCAUCGAGGGUCGUUCUACUCAUUCAUUCGCAAGUUAUACAGCGGCAAAGAUGGGGAUACCUCAGAACGUGAUCGAAAGAACGGAUGAGGUAGGCUGGGAGGUUAAAACAUGUCUCAUCUUUAGAUAUACGCAAAUCUGAAAGACGGAAAAAGCCUUACAGAAGUUAAAGGAAAGAAUGAGGACGAAGAGCAGGAAUACAAUCGACUGGUUCAACGAAUGGAGUCAUUAUACGACGACUUCCAAAGAUGGGAUAUGAGAAAUGAUCCUAAUGGAUUCGUCGAGUUGGCCAAGAACGCCUUGGCUGUUCCAGCUACAGAAAUGAUCUCAGAAGAUAGGAUUGUCGUCGAUUGA